GAGAGCGGAUAUAGUGAAUGCGGGGUCCGGGGAGAGCGGAUAUAGUGAAUGCGGGGUCCGGGGAGACCGGAUAUAGUGAAUGCGGGGUCCGGGGAGAGCGGAUAUAGGGAAUGCGGGGUCCGGGGAGAGAGCGGAUAUAGUGAAUGCGGGGUCCGGGGGAGAGCGGAUAUAGUGAAUGCGGGGUCCGGGGAGAGCGGAUAUAAUGACUGCGGGUCCGGGGAGAGCGGAUAUAGUGAAUGCGGGGUCCGGGGAGAGCGGAUAUAGUGAAUGCGGGGUCCGGGGAGAGCGGAUAUAGUGAAUGCGCGGGGUCCGGGGAGAGCGGAUUUAUAGCGAAUGCGGGGUCCGGGGGGAGAGCGGAUAUAGUGAAUGCGGGGUCCGGGGAGAGCGGAUAUAGUGAAUGCAGGGUCCGAGGUGAAUAGGUGGUGUAGGGAUAUUGUAUUGAAGACAUUGAUAGGCAUUGUGGUCAUUCUUGGACAGACCAGUGAUA